UCUGCUUUUUGUGGGCGAUGAGGUUCGACAAGUGUCUCGUACCCCUCCUGGGCGCUCGAAAAGCCGGCCCCGUGGAACGCUUUUCUCUGUCACAUCGACGUGCUGGUUUUGAAGGUCCGCCCGCAGCAGUCCCUCCGUAGAACAUCUCCCGUUGCUAUAUGCGUCACCGCUACAGCUUUCCGUGUUGUGUUUAAUUUAUCACGAGGCACAUCCAGUUCUGCUUGCAGUCUCUUGAGUACAGAAAGCUUGAAGGUCUUAACUCCGUCGCACGUCAGCCUCCUGUCGAGAACCGAGUGCAGUUUCAGUCUACUGCGUUCUUUGCCCACCUCUUUUUCUACGUCGACAAUCGACACAGGUCGCCGCUGUGUUUGCUGCAGUUUUCUGUAUCGUUGUCCCCAUGUUCUGGCCUGACAUCUCCCUGGUCCGUGUCCAUCCCGCGUGCCGUUUUGUUUCUGUGCUUGACGAGACACGAUUAGAAAGGUACCACCAGCCCCGUCUCAACCCGACGAUUUUAGGUAGAACGAGUUCCACUGGGAAUCACGCGGACAAGCGAGCCAUACCGCCAACAAAAUAACUACCAACACAAGGAAAUUGCGACCUGGGUUGCAUAGGAUGUCGUCUUUGCAGCAGAAGACUUGUCAGACCAACUCAUUCGGAAGACGUCCGCACUUCGAUGCAGGGAAGGGGGGGAACUCUCGGCAAAAACCGCGUGCUGGACAGACGAGACGGGCUGCGUGAGGGUGCUUCAAGGGAUUCCUUUUCCUGGGCAACCCUCGUUUGAUCAGAACGGUGAACUGAUCAGAACAGUAUGAACAAAGGACACUGACAAACGUCGAAGGCAUAUCACGAAUGGUUGGAGAAAAGAAGGCCGUUGUUCCAGCUGUAGAAGCUGAAGAGGAAGCGAGACAUUAAAGAUGUCGACUGUUGAAGGACGUGACUGAGCGCUUCUCGCAUGUCACCGUACACGUAGUUUGCGCCUUUACUUUUCACUCCAGAUUUGGUGGCAAUGGCGGAACCAUCCGCCUUGUCAGAACUUUACGAUCAAAAGAAGGGUGGCUGUACAGCCAUUCGGCUCUUACCCUGCGGAUUGUGCCUGCUUUCUUCUUCUGUCCCAUAACGUAUCGUUUCCCCUAUUGCUUCGCGCUCACAACAGCUCUGCACACCUGACUUUCUCUACACUCCGUCCCAGUGACUGUCGUUUUUUUCCGUGGAAGACACUUCACCUGUGACGGGUCUGCACGAUCCUGUUACCGCCUCCUCCGUAUUUCCCCAGUCUUCCCUCCCUCGCGAAUUCCCGUCGCUUCCUCUGCAGCCAUUACGUGACCACCUUGCCGCCUGCAAGCCUAGACCAGGUGUCCACAGCAGUCGACGAAUGCUGUGCGCGUCCGAGUGUCUGGACACCGCGAUGCGUCAGGGCUUUCCCCAGGCAGCGAUGGUCUUUCUGAAUACCGGCGGAUCUCGCCGGAGGGUGGCGCAGACAUUUCGUCGGAGCAAACUCUGGCCAGGUUUCUCGGCAGCGAAUGCGGAUGCUCUGCCGGCAGGCUCUUUCGUGUUUCCCGUUUCUUUUCACCGUCGAACCUUCUCGUCGCCGUCUGGCACUACAUCUGCCCGCCUCCGUUCGCCGCCGCACCCCAGUGACCCUCCGUGCGUCCAGUCAAACGGACGCGACUGUCUCCGUGAAUGCUGUUCCUCCGACUCUCCUGGCCUCUCUGUUUUUCCUGCUCUGUCGAAGUCUCUUUGUAUCGCUACGCCGCCCAUGUUCGGCCUUCUUACCGGCGGAUCUGCUUGCAGGUCCUCGAUGCUUUUAAACAGAGUUUCUCCUCUGAAUCCCACUCUCCCCGCCACUCCGUCCUCUCGCUCCCUGUCUGCUGACCCCUUGGCUUCGCAGUCGCCUGCUCUUUCCAUCCAAAACUAUAUCCCCCCUUCCUUCCUCUUCUGCCCAAGACCCUUCCUCGCCCUGCGGGGAUUUGCUUUCUCUCCUGACUGCGCGCUUGGCCAUAGGUCGGCGCGGAACCUGGCGUAUGGACUUUGUUCGGCAUCGCAAAGACAGUCUCUCUUGGGGUCCGGGAGCGGACGGAAGUCCCCCUUUUCUUCUGUCUGUUCUCCAACGGAUCUCUCGGCCUGUUCGCUUUCAAGGGAUAUAACCCCAUCACAUACACAAGCGAAUCAUGGAGAAUGUUCCCUGUCGAGAGAGCGUGGCCCCAAGACUGAAGCAAAGACGCAACUGGCUGCGGGCCUUGAAUGCAAGCCGAGAACGAUUCUGGCUGGCGCGGAUCUGCAGCGCACGAAACGCGAUUUAGGAUAUAUACAGUCCUGCGACGCUCUUUUUUUUCUGAAACGGUUCUCUCCACAUCAUCAGGCCGCAACGUCUCUGGCCUCCGCGGACAUGUCUGUCUCGCGGUCUUACUCAUCGGUCUCUCUCUCUUCUCUGGCUUAUAAGGGUCAUGCCGGACCGCUUCCCAGACUCAUUUUCUCGGUCGCGCGUCUCCCCUCAGCUUUCCCCUCGGAUUUCCCUGCCCACGCCUCGUUCCGGCGUUUCCUCGCUGGGGGGAGUGCGUCCAAACCAGAAGAGAAGGAUUUUUAUGAGGUUCUCGGCGUGAAGAAAGAUGCAGGGACUGACGAAAUCAAGAAAGCCUAUCGGAAACUCGCGCUCAAAUGGCAUCCUGAUAGAAACCCCGACAACCGCCAGCAAGCGGAAGCUCAGUUUCGCCUCGUCAGCGAGGCAUAUCAGACACUUUCGAAUUCCGAGAAGAGACAGCAGUACGACGCCAUGCGGCAAUUCGGAGCCUCGGGAUUUCAUCAAGGCUUCUCAGGCGGGCCGGGCGGCGGGCCCGGCUCCCACGGUCCGCAGGGAUAUCCAUUUGGCCCCGGUGGCGGGUUCAGGACUCAACAUGUCUCUCAGGAGGAGGCGGAGAGACUCUUUCGCGAGGUUUUUGGAGGGCUAAACAUCCAGGAUUGGUUGGCACAGGCUCUGCGCGAGCAAGCGCGUGAUCCGAUGGGUCGGCGAGCUUCCCGGAGUCCUUUUUUCAUGGACGACAGAGAUUUCGAUGAGAUGCUCAGGCGGUCAGGAAUGGGCGGACCUGCCGGCGGUGUGGACCCUCGACGAAAUCCCUUUGGCUGGGAAGGAGGACCUUCCCCAGGCGCCUCGACGGGCCCGGUGAGCACGUCGCGGACGACCAACAUCAUCCAGCGGGGCGGGCGCGUCGUCGAACAGACGGUGAUAACUCGGCGCUUCUCGAAUGGUCGAGUUGAGCAGGAGGUGGCAGAACGCGACCUGGACCCUCACCAAGAAGCUGGAAAUUUCUUCCACACGCUGGGCCGGCGCGGCGCCCACUCCCCGUUCUUCGACCCAGGCGCUUCACAGCGCCACCCUUUCCAGCGUCUUUUCGAGGAGAUGCUCGGCGCGGGUCCGGAAGCGGGAAGGGGUGAAGGCCGGUCGCCGCUGUCGGAAGGAGACAAAGGCCGCAUACGCCGCAGACAGUCUGUCUCCUCGCCCGUAGUUCGAGGCCUUUGGGAACAAGUCAAGGUGACAGCUCGAGCGGUUUGGAACGUGUUUCUUCUGCGGGUGAAGCUCAAGCUGCUCGACCGACUCAUCAACGCAGUCAUUCGAGUCGUUCUCAGACUCCUCCACAAACGGUAAAGAAGGCGCGCACGAGCGAGAGAAGCACUACUGAGAGGCGGCACCGAGAGACAGCCGGAGAAAACGAAGAAGAACAAGAAAGAGGGAGAGAGGGAGGAAGAGAAAAGGAAUGAGACGAGGAGAAGGAAAGAGAGAAAUAAAGGGAAAUAAAGAAACAGGAAGAGCGAACGAGAAGAAAAGGAGGAGAGGAGACACAGGGAGAGAAAAGCGACAGGAAGAGAAGACAUGCAGUGUCCGUGGAAGGAAAAAGUGAGUGUAGGACAGAGAAAGCACAGGCUGAAAGAGGGGCGCAGAAAGGAAUGAAGAAGAUGCAAUUCCUUUUUUGAGAAACGGAAAGAACCGAUCAGAGCGGUGGAAACGGUGAAAGGAGAAGAAAGAGUUGUGUUUCGACCGAGCCUUUUGGCAGAGGAGAUCUUCCGUCAAGACACGGAGAACAAGAGAGAUUCAGAAAAGCGGUGUGAGAUAGAGGCUUUUGCUCUAGUAGCAUUUCAGAACAGUGACUCUCCGUCUCUUCCUCCUUCCGACG